AUGACACGUUACGGUUUCAGUCAACGUCAGCGUGCUCGCAAGGAAGCUCGCACACUGUCCAAUCCACACAACCCAAUCAAAGUGCCGUCACCAUGGUGGGCUCCUCUCGUGCAGCUGAGACGUCUGAAAUUAAGCUGGUUUCACCGUUUCCGUCCGAAAUGUUCUAAUUCGAUUUCCAGCAACGAACCGAACGUGCCGAAUGAGUCUGUUGGCGCCGAUGAGUCGGGGGGGCAAGAGAGAAUAGCCGAAGACGAUCAAAACUUGCAGUCGAUGAUUAGCAGCAGUCAAAACGAUGGUCUGGCAUCCGACGACAAUAAUAACACAUCUUCUCGCUCUGCAUCGCCAGUAAGCCCGACGUUAAUCGAUCUGUUCAAAGCGGAUAACAUUACAAACGCGCAUGGCAUCUUAGCUGGAGAGAAUACAGCAAAGUCAAGAGAUGAUCAAGAUGCUCGGCAAAGUUCGCAAACAAUCACGAAUCCAGUGAAGCAUGCAAAUAAUACGAUUCGAGGCGGAGGAAAUGUUGCAGACAAAACCAGCGGAGCCGAUGGAAAAUGCUCUACCACCAUUCCUCUUCGAUUAAAAACUGCAUUAGAAAGAGUAGUUAGAAAUCAAGAGCUCGCAUCCAGUCCGCGCCCACCAAAAAUUGGGUCACUCGUUUCAAAGAUUCCCAGAAGGCAAUCAACCCUCAUCGAAGACGAAGAUACCAGACAAGAUCUCCUAAAGGUAGCGUUAGAAAGCGUGUCUUGA